AUGGAGGCGCUGCUCGAGGAGCAUGCGAAGCUCGAAAAGCGCGGCAACCUGGCAAAGACCAUCGAGGAUGUACAACGAACCAUCGAGCUGCUCCAGUCUGCUCGAGAUGGGCUGGUGGCGAACCCAAGUCCUUCGCCAAAGGCUCUCGAGAAGCUUCAGAAACCCACCAAGCUGCUCAAUGACAAGGUGAACAGCGAUCUUACGGAGAUAUAUAAAGCUCAAAACAGCUACUCGAAAGCUCUAGACAAGAAAUUCACAGGCAAGUUAUACAUGGACCCCGACGGCGAUGCUUUGGCGUCACAUCCACACUUGAUCAACCAGGCCAUCUCGAUGCAUCUCCUCCGGGAAGGACAGUUCUCCGUCGCAGCAACAUUCAUGGAAGAGGCCGAAGCACACCCUCGAGCACCCGAACCCACCCCAGGCACCCCAGACCCAUAUGCAGCACAAGGAGAAGAUAAGAGGAAGGUGACGGAGAACUUCAACGCAAAAGAGCUGGAGCAACAGUUCUCAGACAUGUAUCACAUUCUGCGCGAGCUGCGCACACGACGGAACCUCACACCCGCAAUCGCGUGGGCACGACAGAACCGCGAGACCCUCGAGACGCGAGGGAGCAAUCUCGAGUGGGAGCUGUGCAGGCUUCAAUACGUAUGCCUCUACAAGAACGAAGCCUGGAACCUCCGCGAGCUGGGCCAGACGGGCGGGCCGCUUGGCGCCUUUGCCUAUGCAAACCAGGAGUUCAAACACUUCCACAGACGCUACGCCCGAGAGCUGCAACAACUGCUCGGCGCGCUCGCGUUCAACGAGAACCUCUACGACUCCCCCUACAUGAGCCUGUUCUUCAACGAGACGGCGUGGGAGGAGGUGGCGACGUCCUUUACGCGGGAGUUUUGCUCUCUCAUCGGCCUGUCGGCAGAUUCGCCGCUGUACAUUGCCGUGACGGCAGGCACGAUCGCGCUACCACGCCUGCUCAAGCUGCAGAACAUCAUGCGCGAGAAGCGGACGGAGUGGACGACGGAGGAGGAAAUGCCGAUUGAGAUUCCCCUGCCGCCAUCCUAUCACUUCCACUCCAUCUUCGUGUGUCCCGUCAGCAAGGAGCAGGCCACGGACGAGAAUCCGCCAAAGAUGAUGCCGUGCGGGCAUGUCAUUCUGAAGACGUCGAUGGAUGCUAUCAGCAAGGGGCAGAAGUUCAAGUGCCCGUACUGUCCGGGCGAGAGCAUACCGAGGGAGGCCUUGACGUGUCGGUUCUAG